AUGAGAGACGACUACACUGAGUGGGAACGCUUCUUCCAUCCGGACCCGGACGAGGAAGACCCUCCGACUCUGGACGAAGUCCAAACCUUGCGAGAAUUCGCCGAGUCCUUCGGCACAGCCAAUGCCAUUGCAGCAGAGGAUGCUGCUCGCCAACUAAUGUCGCUCGUCGACGAGGGCCGCGUGGUCGAGAAGCGCCAGAGCAACGUCGUGGACAAAGGCGAACGCGUCUCCUGGUUAUUAUGGGAUGCUGCUAUCGACAUGCCGCGCUACCAGCCUGCCAUUCUCAAGUUAAUUGAGGCGAUCCGCGCGCUGCCUCAGCUGGAACGAACUGAGGAGCAGAUCCGCACCGGCUGUUUCGAGGACCGUCUAGAGACCUGGAGGUCCUUGGAGGCAUUUGAUUACAUUUGGUCGGAGAGAUAUUCCCGCUGUUGGGAGAUGAGAUACGGCCCAUAUCCCUAUUACGGGUGGACUGACUUCCACCGCGCCAACGCUUUUUAUGCGCACUUUCUUGCCGCUUAUCCUCCCGAAUCUCCCGAUAUCAGGGAGCUGACCGUGGCAUUGCGACUGAUCGUAUUCGCCCUCGAGCAGGAUCCAUGGACCCAUGCCCAACAACCUCCGCCGCAGUGGCAAGGCGACCGCUAUCGGGACACUGGUCGCCCUACUGAUUAUAUGCAAAUGCUGAAUGCUGAUGUGCACGCUAUGGUUCCGUUCUUUGAUAUUGCCGGGCACAUUAUCUUCGGGUUUGUGGGAAAACGAGACCUUUCUCUCCUCGAAAAAUUGAAAAAAGGAGAUUCCAAUCUAUGGCACGGGGACUCAUUGUUCUCAUUGGAAAGAUGGGAAUUUUGGAAAACGCGGUUACGAUGGAUAAGUGAGCAAGAUGAGCUGAUGGAAAGAACACGAGCGGACGCCCGAAAAAUUGUGCAACUCAUGCAAGCAGUCGAGCAACAGAAUCGAGAGAUACGCUUGGGAAGCCAAGAUUAG